AUGACUAGAUCUAAGACAAAUCUUAAAGUUGGAUUCCUUAAUGUGGGCUCCUUAGGUACAGAUCACGAAAACUUUAUAGAUGCACUUCAGAGACAUAGCUUCGACGUAAUGGCCCUUAACGAAACUUGGUUGCGGCCCGGAGAAGACGGGCGAGCCCCUGUCGUGCCUGGCUACCGUCUACGUCAUAAGCCUCGCCCACCAAGUGUUCGCGGCGGCCGCGGUGGUGGUGUGGGCUUUUAUCUGAGACGCGGGCUCAGCGCGCAAAAUAGUGAAACAUUGAUCGAUCUAAUUUGCAGCGAUCUCCCGGCUAACUACACUACAGUCGAGGCUUUUCGAGCUAUUAACGGUCACAGCAUUAUCAGGACAGAAUUCGAGGUUACAUGUGAUAAGUUUGUUCCUAUUGUAGUAACGUAUAGACCUCUUAAAAAUAUAUCUAAGGAUAAGUUUUCUAGUGAUCUCUCCCUGAUGUCUUGGCAGGAUACUUUACCACAAGGAAGUGUUAAUGAUAUGGUUCACUCGUUUAAUAGUCAAAUAUUAGCACUCUAUAAUGUCCACGCUCCUAUUAAGACACGCACAAUUAGGGAGCCUUCAUACCCCUGGAUAACGGACAUUAUUAAAUUAAUGAUGAAGUUGCGGGAUCGUGCGCUGGCUGCAUAUCGAAAAAACAAGACCAACUCUAAAAAAAAUUACUACAAACAGUUAAAAAUAUUAGUUGCAAACUCUUUACAUAGCGAAAAAGCAGCAUAUUUUCGCUAUAAUAUAAAUAACAAAAUUAAAGACCCAAAACGGUUAUGGAAAAACUUACGAACAUCUAUCAUAUCUAAAAAUCAUAAACAAGAACUUCCUCCUCAUUUUGCAGAUCCAGAUGCAAUAAACAGCACUUUUUUGAGCAUCCCGGGAAACCUGACCACCAACAUGUCUGUUUUAACAUAUUUUGAGUUUCAUCGUUUUGGCUCAGCUUGUUUCAAAAUUGAACCAGUAGUAAGCACGGAUAUUGUUAGAGUUUUCCAUAAAUUAAAAUCAAAUGCUGAAGGGUAUGACCAUAUUACUUUAAGUAUGUUAUUAUUGACACUGCCAAACUCCUUAGAGGCUAUCACCGCAAUCGUGAAUUGUUCGAUAGCGACAUCUACAUUCCCUGAUUUGUGGAAGAUUGCUGUGGUUCGUCCGAUACCAAAAAAAAAUGACCCGGUAGAUGUUAGAGAUCUCAGGCCGAUAAGUGUCUUGCCUUGUCUUUCAAAGGUACUUGAAAAAGUCAUUUGCCAGCAGUUGACGCAUUACCUGGAGACAAAUGACAUCUUGCCAUCAUUUCAGUCUGGGUUUAGGAAGCACCGUAGUACUGCCACUGCUUUACUGGACGUAACUGACAAUAUCUUGGCUGCCCAGGACAAAGGGAUGUGCACAUUGCUUGUCUUGUUGGACUUCUCCCGGGCGUUUGACUCAAUCAAUGUGCCUUUACUCCUCUCUAAGCUGAAUUAUUUUGGUUUUGAUAAUGCAGCUGUGCGAUGGUUUGAUAGCUAUCUAACAAAUAGAAAACAACUUGUAGAACUAAAACUUGGUGAUGGGAGGACUAAAUCAUCCGUCUUGGCACCGUUGAAGAGAGGUGUACCACAGGGGUCCAUUUUGGGACCAGUUCUGUUUAAUUUGUACUGCGCAGAUAUAACUGAUUGCUUCCAAAAAUCCAGCUAUCACAUGUAUGCAGACGAUGUGCAACUAUACAUAUCCUUCAACGUUAAAGAUCAUAAGAGGGCAGUAAAGGAUUUGAAUGAUGACUUGGACCGAAUUUCUGUAUGGUCGGAGAGAAACGGCUUGUUUUUGAAUCCCUCAAAAACGAAAUAUAUGGUUUUUGGAGCCCAGAAGCAGAUUGAAAAAUUGCCGCCAUCGCUCAAUAUAAUGUUAUUGGGGAAGCCUAUUGACAGAGUUGACGAAGCCAGAAAUCUAGGACUACUGAUAGACAGACACCUUAGGUAUGAGAAACACGUGGCCGAGUCAGUACGUAACUGUUUUUAUCGUCUCAGGGUACUUUAUAAGAUAAGACCUUUUCUCUCUGAGGAGCUGCGAGAACAGUUAGUAGAAGCUCUGGUACUGUCGAAAUUGAAUUAUGGUGACAUGGUUUACGGACCUCGUUUAUUGGCUCGAACAGGUAAACUGAUCCAGAGAGUUCAAAACGCAUGCGCUCGGUUUUGUUACUCCAUUCCAUUCAGAACCCAUGUCACGCCUUUUUUGAAUAAUCGAUCGGUUCUUAAAAUGAGGGCGCGGCGCAAAUACCACCUUGCGUGUCUACUGUUUGGAGUCAUUAAAUAUAGGGUUCCGCCAUAUCUGUAUGAGAAGUUGAGCUGGCUCACUGCGCGCAGACAGUGCUCGCAGCAACUUUCGAUACACCCACACAAAACUGCAGCGUUUAAAGGAACAUUUCGCUACGCUGCGGCGAAGGUCUGGAAUGACUUGCCGCCGCCGAUAAGGGAUCUCAAUACCGUAGAUACGUUCCGACGGUGUUUAAAGCAGUUCCUUGUUGUCGAGCAACAGACAAUGGAUAUAAUCGCAAACGCCUCAGCCACAUAA